AUGGCGACAGUUGGCCUCGAUAUGCUGGUCGACCCUCCCUCGCCGGAGAGGCUCGAUCAACGAGCGGCCUUUUUCAUCCCCACGAUCGAAACCUCCGCCUCCGAACCCACCGUUCGUCUUCCCGGCACGGCCAUCAUCCUCCUCCGCGCCAUCCUCGCUUCCGAGAACGAAUGCUCUUCCGGCUUUUUCAUUCAACCCGGGCGCUUCGCUCCCGCCGAUUCCGCCACCGGAAAACAUGUUCUUGAGUCCGCCACAGUCUCCGUCCGCGCCGAGCUCUCCUCGACUAGCAGCAACGCGCCCCCCUGGUCACGGACAUCGUAGGGGCGGAAGCGAGUUCGUUGGAGGAAGCAUUCGAGACGGCGAGGCGAUAACCGUAACGAACAUCAGUCCAACCAAGUCUGAUAGCGGCAUCGCUUCGCCAUCGCUUCAACCAACUCGACCUCGGCGAGGCCAUGCUCAUCGUCGGUCAGCCGCUAUUUCGAGCCAUGAUCUGUCUUCAAUAAUCGUCCCUCCUCCCAACUCUACAAAGGGAGGCAGUGCUCCCCCGAGCCCUGCACCCCCCAAGCAAUUUUCUAUCCAGAAUUGUUCGGCUGAUGACCAGCCUGUCGACAAUGGAAAUGUGGAACCCGUUUCCGCUCCAGACCUUGCUGCUCACCAACCCAACAGUCAUGUGCCGCCUUCCCCAAAGCCUGAUCAAACACCGAAGUCUGCGAUUCGAAACAGGGUUGGGUUUUCAGAUACACUGGAGUACAUCCCAAGGCCGCUGUCACUCGCUUCCAACGAUACCUCCAGCACUGUUACCGCACGACCUGGCCACUCUGUUUCGGGGAGCAUUUCGUCUGUGAUUUCCGCUACGAAUGCGGACCGCGAAGUCAAUCCUUUUCCUGGCUCUGCUUCGGCCCAAAAACCCAGCGAAAGUCGACCCAGCACUGCAGGGGCUAUUAUGGAGCGGACCCAGAGUGCUCACGAACAAGAUCCAAAUCUACUCUCUCCGAGAAGACGAGGAUCUAUUCCUCUCUUGGGUUCGCUUCCCUCUGGCAUUCCGCUUAGCCCAGCAACUCCGAGCCCUACAAGAUCGUCAAAGAAAUGGUCGCUAUUUGGUCGUGAUUCGUUUGUCUCCCCUUCCCCUACACGGACCCAGGCCGAUAGCCCGCGCUCUGCCCAUUCGCGUUUGAGUGUGGCAGAAGGCAAUUCAACGGAACGUGCUGCGGAUGUACUUUUGGCGGAUUUCGCGGAAAGCCCAGAGCCACCAAAGCCCUUGACAAAGAAGAGAAGCAAGAAAAAGAAGAAGGUCAAGACUUGGGCAGGAUCCAUCUUAACCCGCAAAGGCAAAUAUCACUAUGGAAAGAAGCACAAGCGAAGAGCGCCAACGCCGACUCCACCUCGCCGUUUUGAGCCUGCUGAAGGCGAAGAUGACGGUACAGUGCAAAUGCCAACAGAGACAGAGGCUCCAUGUUCCCAGUCGUCUGAAAAUGGAGAUUGGAAAUCAUGGACAUUCCCCAAGCCCGCUCAGAAUCAGGAUGAAGACACGUCAUAUCCAAUGAUUGAUUUGGACGCGGCUCUCGGUCCUUUCAACACCCCACUGCCACGCAAUCCAGAAUGGGAGGCAGCGCAGAAGGCGGGAGGUCUCGUCAAGAAGCAACUGCACAGCGCCGCCGGCAUGAGUCGAUUUACUGGGCCCGGGAUGCACUACUACCAUAGACGGGCUGAAAGUGCUCCGGAACUGGUGCCUUUCGAGGGCGGACGCUUUGGCUUUCGUCGGUUUGGAAGCAGCUCAUCGAUGGCCGACGUGUUUGAGGAAGACGAGGAAGAAGAAGAAGAAUCCUGCAAAUCCUCGAUCAACGCCUCAACCCCUGCAGCCGGAACUUCGACUGCGGGAAAGCCCGAUGAUGGGGCACAGCGCGGGAAUCAGCCGAGUUCUGAACCGGCGGUUGCGCCGCCGUCUGCCCAAGACAGUCGGGAGGGAAGCGCCGAAAAUAACGUAGUGGCAAGCACAGCGGAACCGGCGACGACUCAGCCGGCGGUCUCAAAAUGCGACGAAACUUCGCUUGCUGAGCCUGUCCCACCGUUUGCGAUGGAAGUUUCGGGGUCGUCUCCCGGCUAUGCCAAUUCUGGUUCUUCGACGCCUUCUCCCCGGCACGUCUUCCGUCCCAAGGAGCUUGCGCCUGUUGAGGUCAGCCCUCUAAAUCUCCCCACGGCGUCUUUGGGUCCGGUUAGCCCGUGGUCAUUGACUCAGUCUUCGGCGUUCCCCUCUCCGCGAUCGCCAAUGUCGUAUGAUGCGCAAUGCAUCUCCACAGCGCCGUCAUCGGUUACGGAGGACAAUUUCCAGUCACUGCUCAUGGGAGAACCUGGCCCAGAAGUGCGGAUUUCCGUAGACGAUAUCCCGUCUCUGACCUCGAGCAAUUCGACGAUGACGAGGGAGAGUCUCUUUGCACAGCACCCACAAGCAAGGCAGCCGCCGUUGAAUGAGCAGCCCAGGCCCGCCUCCUUUACUUCGACAGCUUUUGGGCGGCGGCGUUCGAGUCUGGCGAGUCUUAGCCGCCUGAUCAACAGCUCGCACGGGGAACGGAGCAAACUGUCAAUUGAAGUUCCGAUGGAGAGGGAGCCAGAAAAGAAGACGAAAGGCAGCAAGUCCAAGCGUCUGAGCCGAAUGAUGCAGUUCUGGAAAUCGAAGGGGGAGAACACUAGGUGAAUGGCAGUGCCUCGGAGUUUCAGUGGGCGCAGUUCCAUAGGCUUUGGGGCGGAGAUGCAGGAUUGCCGUGGGGGUGCUGACGGGGUUUCGUUUGAAGUCUUUGGGCGUUUCUGAUGGCGGAAUGAAGGGCAAGUUUAGGUACAUGAGAUCAGGAACAGCAAGCUCAACUGCCAGAGUGAUUGUCGGUCUCAAUGGCGGUCGGGGGAUUACGAUGGGGACAUGAUAUCUUUUCUUCUUUUUCGGUCGGUGAUGGUUGUUUCUCUUGACAUAUCGUUGUACAUAUGUCGUACCAUGAGGUAGCGGGCAUGCCCCGGAACAAUGGCAAACCGAGGUCGACAUAUGUCUGCUUUGAACGACUGG